GUUUAGGCCGUUAGAAAAACAUCUCUGUUUACAAAAAACAUGGACGUUCGGCUUCUGCCCACCCGGUUACUGUCUUAUCAGUUCUAAAAAUAGAAAAUACAACGGAUUUAUAUACAAACACGAUCUCUCCUAUGCCGAAAUUUACACCCGGAUAAGUAAAUUACAUAGGAAGUUGAUUUACCCAUCAGUUUACACAGGUGAUGUGUAUUGACGGAGUGUAGACAACCCGCGUUACGCUGUACUGAUAGUUUCGGAUACCCGAUCCAAUUUGUUGCAGGUAGAUUUUUCCGAGAGACAAUGCAUUUUGCGACUUUUACUCCGCUAGCUAUACUGGCCUUCAUCACAGGUCACGUCGAUUCAAAAACUGUUGACUUGACUCACAACCUUGGUCCUAACCAACCGUACUGGCCUGGAGAUCUGCCCUUUAACUUAACAGUCGUGCACCGUGGUCAAUUCGAUGACUAUUGGUAUGAGUUCAAUAACAUUCAAAUGGGGGAGCACACAGGAACACAUGUUGACGCACCAGCACAUUUUGCCGAAGGGGAACUUAGAGUACAUCAAAUUCCAAUGGAGAAGUUAAUGGGACCUGGAGUUAUCAUCAACAUUAAGGCAAAGGUAGCCGGAAAUCCGGAUUACCAAGUUACCAAAAAAGACCUUCUAGCCUGGGAAUCCAAACACAAUAAAACAAUUCCAACUGGGGCAGUUGUAAUUAUGAACUCUGGAUGGUCUUCAAAAUAUCCAAAUAGAAAGCUCACAUUUGGAACCGAGACUCCAGAUGACUCAAGCUCCUAUCAUUUUCCUGGUUGGCAUCAAGACACUGUUGAGUGGUUGAUUCAAGAAAGAGAUGUCAAUGUUGUCGGUGUAGACACGCCUUCAAAUGAUUAUGGUCCAUCGCAGACAUUUAUUGUGCACCAGAUUCUCGGAAAAGCAGAAGUUCCUGGUGUCGAGUUUGUUGCGAAUUUAGACUCAGUCCCGGAAAUUGGGUCUACUAUCUAUGCAGCGGUUAUUAAAAUAUACGACGGCAGUGGAGGGCCAGCAAGAGUUUUUGCUACUUUCCAAGAAGAUGAAGACGACGAGGAUAGUGAAGUUGAAUGUAACAGUGAAACUGAUAAUCAUACUAGUGGAGGUGAUAAUGUAACCCCUGCGUAUUAUCAGUAUAUUCUCGUCCCAUUGUUGUCAAGUGUAAUGGUAUUGGAAUAUAUUUAAUCCUCUAUGAUUAAUCUGUAUAAAUGUUGCAAGUUAAAAACCCCGCUUUGUUAUGCAUACGGGUGGGCUAUGUAUAUGUAAAGAUAGCAUAUUUUAAGGGUAUGAGAGUCUGUAUCCUCGUAAAGCUGAAUGAUGAAUUUCGAUGUUAAUCUACCUAAUACCUUAUAAAUCCAAAUAUUUAAGCUGUAAACGGCUAUUUUACAUGUUAAAUGUUUAAGACAUGUAAAGUGUGUAUUGGCUGAUGUAGGUGGCGCUCUGUACGUUACGUCACUAUAUACUAAGUAGACCGUCUGAAGUAAACAUUGGGAGUCUUUGUUUAUAUUUACAUUAUCUGAAAACAUGUGAAGAUUUUAUCACUUAUAAGAGUCUGUUCUUUACGGUAUUUUAGGUAUUCAUUAAUUAUGUACCGCCUCGGUAGCUAAGUGGUAGAGCGUCCGCUUCGAGAGCGGGAGGUCGUGGGUUCGAUCUCUGGCCGCUUCAUAUCAAAGACGUAAAAAAUGGUACUAAUAGCUUCCUCGCUUGUUACUCAGUAUUAAGAGGAUAGUGCUAGCACUGGUCAGCCUGGUGUCAAUAUAUUGUGGCUGGGUGGGGUAUCAUGUCCCGUGUCUACGGCGUGAUAUUCCAGUGAGGCAGCACUAUAAAGCUGGACAUUGUGCUUACAAGUUGACACCGAACACACACUCGUGUAUUAAAUAUGUAUCGUGCACAGAUUUGUAGUAAAAUCUUACUAUGUUUCAUAUAAGAUUUCUUUAAGAUUAUUUUUAAUUUGUUUACCGGCGGAAUUCUGAGCUUUUUUGCAAUUUUUACGCCACUCACGGGAUUCUGCCAGGGAGGGGGCGUAUCGGCGUAUAAGCUCAGAUUUCAGCAAAAGCUGGCAGAACUGUCGUGACAACAAAAACUUAUAUUCAGAAUAAUUGAUACAUCUAAUAAAUAUUUUGGCUUGCUUUGGUAAUUUUAAGAACCGAAAAGUUUGGAUGAAUAUUAAAUGAGAUUUUACCUCAAUAACACUAAUGGUAAUCAACUGAUAUUUGGUAUUAGAUACAGUUCUAGGCUGUUGAAAUAAUUUUGUUAAAGAAUUUGAAUUAUUAAGUUGAUAUAUUUGAGGAUAAUGAAAUAUUGAAUGUGAUUUAUGCAUAAUUAAAUCAUUCGUAAGAGUAAAUGAGUUUGAAAUAGAAA